AUGGCUCUCUGGCUCACCUACCCCUCCACCGCCUUGGACGACAGGGCGCACAGGGACGGGGAGCUGGCUCCCAUGGGCGGACAACGGACAACAGCAGCCGCAGCAGCAGCCUCACACCACAAUAUAAACGCCAAGCCUGCCCCCUCCGACGCCGAUCCCGACCCCGAAGACAACGGUUCUGCUCCUGCUCCUACGGCCAUGGGGACUGGGAGCCUGCCUACUGUCCCUUCUACUCGUCGUCGUGUCGUCGUUCCUGAUCCCGUUGCUUUAAAGUUCCUUGAGGUCGAUCCCUCCGUGACAAUCGCCCAGCGCAGACAUGUCCUCCACGGCUACGAGCUCUACCUGGUUGAGCAGUGGGCCUGCUCGCGCCAGACCCCUACCGUCGUGAUCGUGACUUACACCGGCGACCCGAAACAUUCUGUGACUGUCGGCGUUCUAGAGGUACCAGCAGACGAGAAGGACUGGUCGGAUAGGCUGAAGUUCUAUUUCAGCUCGAUCCAGCAAUACCAUGCGCGGCCCAAGGAGACAGACAUGGGCGAAGUGAUGGUGACCAACCUGAGCAGCUUCCCAUCUGCCCUGACGGUUAUUUCGGUACCCGAAGGCGACUUGCUCAAGUACCGAGAGGUGUUCAUUGUCAAUGAGAACCUGAAGCGCCUGGGUUGCGCCGGCCGGUCCGGGCUCACCCUCGCGGAGCCGUCUUCUGCCACGCAGGCUAAGUUCAUGCAGAUGUACAAGACUAGCGACAGGAUACCUUUCUUCCAGGCCGUCUUGGAGCUCGUCAGGUUAUGUCAGAUUGCGCUCUUCCUCUUCGGCAUGCUGCAAGAAGAAUAUACCGACGGCCUACUUUGUGAUGUCACAGAACAGGCCAUCAACGACUGGUGGACUGAGAUCGGAUCGGAAUGCUUCAAUGUCGAGCCGUCCGACGGCAUUCUAGGUCCAAUAACCGUCGCUGCCAUCCUCGGCACGCUGAUGGGCGCGAGGAACAGGCUCAGCUAUUCUGGCGCUCCUGUAUCCAAAGAUGUCUUUGAUAUCGAGGCUACUAAGAAGGGUAUCGGGUCCUUUCAGAAGUCACUGAAGCUUGAGAGGACACGCCGUCUUGAUCGGCAGACUCUCCUCAAGCUGCGCCAGGUGACAGCUAAAGCGGCUGCUGGAGAGGCCGGCUGGGGCGUCCAGAAAGCCGUCAAGUCCACGGUCGCCGAGUUUGGCAAACGCGGCGAAAUUGUAAUCGGUAUGGUGAGCGGCAAGGACAAGGCCAACAUCGCCGACAUCGAGACUCUGGACUUCUCCAAGUUUGUCAGUUUGGCAUAUGGCGAGCGGCCAAAAUGGCUGUGGUACGGCAAGCCGAGGAGGACGGCCCUCGAUCGUGAUCAUAGUAUCCCUUCUAUGCCGCCCUUUGGCAAGGAAGAGCUGGUUCUCCUUCAGCAGAGCGGCAAGAAGACGCAUUCCACGGAGGAUGAGUUGGAAGCGAAAGCUAGGGAAGAUACGUUUGUGGGAAGCAUAUCCGCACAAGCCGGUUCUGUGCAGGUUGAGUCACCCGGCAGUGACAAGGAUCCUUUACGAAAAAACGUAUUCAAGAGCGUUGCGGGGAAGGUGAGCGAUGCUCGGUCAGGGUUGGUGCGCAUCCGAGAUGCCGUGGGAGGGGGGCUUAGCAGGCAUGUCAGCCGUCCAUCGAAGGAUGACAUUUCUGACACCUUGCUGGGCGCGUUUUCGAACCACGGCAUCGCCGCAUUGGCUCACACGUCCGCGGCACUCUCUAGCCCAGUCGCCGUUGGCAAGGCCUUUCCCUGGAAACUUAAACCUGAGGAUGUGCUCCCUCCCCUGAAUGAAAAAGAAGCUGGUCGUUCGGCACCUCUAGUUACAGGGCCAACGGAGUCAGAUAUGGCCACGGCUGCGAAAGACGGCAUUGCGCGUAGGCCAUCCGUCUCUGAGCCUUCACUUACGGAAACAGCUAAAGAAGCACGUACUGCGUCGGCUCCGGGCUCUGUCACCGCUGAAAGCGACGGUCAAACGCCCGCUCAGACGACGACGACGACGACGACGACGACGACGACGACGACGACGACCAGCAGUGUUGACACCACGCUGCUAACCCUCAAGCGCCGACAUACCUGUGACUGCCUUUCCUCGCUCUCGCGGCGCCCUGUCAGUGAAGCGCGAUACCCUCGGCGCAUGUCCUUCAGCGAGGCUGAGGAAGCGGUCCUUACUUGGGAAGAACUGAUUACCUUGGCCGACGCGCCGACAGCUUCUAUUUCACCAACCUUGCCCAACCCCCAAGCUGAACUCGCCCACCGUCUCUACACCCGCCUCUCAACUCUCCAAUCCGACCUGGCCCCCUGGGUAUCUACCCAACUUACCUCCGUCACUGGCCUCAACCAAACCCUUAUCACGCAACAGACUGAACUUCAAAACCUCUACGCCUCUCUCCGCGAGAACUACACCUACACCCGGCAACAGAUCGCCGACACUCUACUCGAAGAGCGUGCGCGCCUAGCCGACGCGGUUAAGGACGUGGAAGGCUUAGCAGCAAAGCUCGAGUACGAAAUUGGUGUCCUAGCCUCGAGGGUCAACGAAGUCGAGGACGGGGUCGACCAGUUUGCGAUGCAGGUGGAGGAUGUGGAGGGACGAUGUGAGGAGCUGAAGACGGCGCUGGAGACGGAGAGCUGGUUGCAUUGGUUUGUCAGGACGCUGACGGGGAUUGGGACGGGGCCUAAUAUCACGCGGGAGGGGGGGGGGUAA